AAAACAACAACACAGCACAACAUCAAGACGAGCUUUCUCUAAAAACUUUUGGCAACGAAUAAGCGAACUGUCGUGCAGGGGAGUAAAAGAGAAACUAUUCAAAACAUACAUGGGCAUGUUAAGUUCCCUGCAGCAAGCAGUGCAAUUUAAUUACAUAACAUCAAUGGAAGAAAAGUAAAUGACAUAGACACUUUAGUCGUCAUAAAAUUGAAUCUCAGAGUGCAGUAGGCGCCAGACCAAUAAAAUCUUUCUAAGAAAACUAAGCAGACACAAGCGUCAAAUAAGGAAGCACAGCAGCAGCAACGAGAAAUAGAAAGCCUGACAUCAUCUUCUCAAAACGAACAGCAACUCUCAGCGGAUCAAGGGGGAGAGUCGAAGAAGUGUGUUAGGUACUAACUAACAACAUCAAUUCUAACCCCAGCCACACAAAAGCCAUCGCAGUGGCACUCAGUGCACGCCUCAACUUUUCCGCUGACACCGCCACAGCUACCACAACCGCUGUGAUGCCAGGGUCGUGUCAACGCCUCCGUUUGCCCUCUUUGGCUGCAGUAAUGCGCACAACACGCGCAUCUACCACCGACUAUACAGCCUCGACGAUACGCAAGGAACAACGACGUGUCGUCAUGAUGGGCGCAGCACGUGUCGGCAAGACUUGCAUCAUCUCACAAUUCCUCUAUGACAAAUUUCAAACGCGCUACAAACAAACAGUCGAAGAAUUGCAUCGCGGUGAAUAUGAACUGCCCGAUGGCUCUGCACUGACAUUGGACAUACUAGAUACAUCCGGUUCGUAUGAAUUCCCAGCGAUGCGUACAUUAUCGAUAUCAACAGCGGGCGCAUUCAUACUAGUCUAUGCCGUGGAUGAUAAGGAGUCGUGGCAUGAGGUGGAGCGACUAAGGAAUCAGAUAAUUACAGCGCGUGGCCUAAAAGUCCCCAUUGUCAUUGUCGGCAACAAAUUGGACAUAAACGAAGCCGAACGACAGGUGGAGCAUGAGGUGACCGAAAUGAUUGUGUGCGAAGAUUGGAAAUGUGGUUACAUCGAAUGCUCGGCGAAGGAGAAUACUGGCAUUGUGGAGAUAUUCAAAGAGUUGCUCGUACAAGCGAACAUACGCUACAAUCUCAGUCCGGCCGUGAGGCGACGCAGGCAAUCGUUACCGUCAUAUAAUAGCGCAGCAGCGGGUAUGACGAGAAAUAGUAAGAGUCCAUCAAAUAAAUAUAUAUUGAAACGUCACUCAUGCACCAUGACAUGAAGGGCAUAAAUUGGCAAGACCAAGAGAGAGGGAGGGAGAGCGAGAGAUAGGGGGUAGAUGGCAAAGCGUACGGCUUGAUGGAUAUGAUGGACAAACGGAUGUUAUGGAGCCAAGGGUGAUGCGAUUUGAUACAAUCCUUGAGCAAAUAUAGACAAGGAGCUGCACUGAUUUUAUUUUAGUUUUUGUUUUUUUUUGUCCAAAAACAAAAAAUUA